CUGAUCGUCCCGGCUGACGAGGUCUGCUGCAGCUUAUGCGGAAAUCUGCAAUGGUGGCGGCGGCCCAGCCGUGCGGGGCUUCCCGCUGCUCAGGCCUGGCCCUGAUCUGGGUCCUGCUGUCAAUCAGCCCGGGCUGUCAGUCGGCGCCAUCCCCGACCCCGAGCUGGGACACCAUCGAUUCCCGGCCGCUGCCGCCCUGGUACGACCAGGCGAAGUUCGGCAUCUUCAUCCACUGGGGAGUCUUCUCGGUGCCCAGCUUCGGCAGCGAGUGGUUCUGGUUCUACUGGCAGAAGCAGAGGCUGAGGCAGUAUGUGGAGUUCAUGGAGAGGAACUACCCGCCUGGAUUUACCUACCCGGAGUUUGCCCCGAUGUUCUCUGCAACCUUCUUUGAUGCAGAGGAGUGGGCUGAUCUCCUGGCCUCCUCGGGAGCCCGAUACGUCGUCCUGACCACAAAGCACCACGAAGGUUUUACACUCUGGGGGUCGAAGUACUCGUGGAACUGGAACGCAGUUGACGUGGGUCCUCACCGUGACCUUGUCGGAGAGCUGGCACAAGCUGUCCGUAAUAGGACCAGCUUGAGGUUUGGCCUCUAUCACUCCCUCUUCGAAUGGUUCAACCCCGCCUUCCUGGAGGACGCUGCCAGCAUGUUCCGGACCAACAAGUUCCCUGCCACCAAGACCCUGCCGGAACUGUACGAGAUCGUGAACAAGUAUCGUCCGGAGAUUCUCUGGUCCGACGGGGAUGGUGGAGCUCCCGAUAGCUACUGGAACAGCACUGGCUUCCUCUACUGGCUCUACAACCAGAGUCCCGUGCGAGAGACGGUGGUAACCAACGACCGAUGGGGCGCGGGUACCAUUUGCAAGCACGGUGGGUACUACACCUGUGCAGAUCGGUACAGCCCGGGACACCUCCUCGCCCACAAGUGGGAGAACUGCAUGACCAUCGACUCCAAGUCCUGGGGAUACAGGCGAGAGGCCCAGCUCCGGGAUUACCUCCCGAUCGAGCAACUAGUGAAGACGCUGGUCGAGACGGUGUCCUGCGGAGGGAAUCUCCUGAUGAACAUUGGCCCCACUCACGACGGUCGGAUCGUGCCCAUCUUCGAGGAGAGGUUGAGGCAAAUGGGGCAGUGGCUGCACGUCAACGGGGAGGCAAUCUACAACACCAAGCCCUGGAGGAAGCAGAAUGACACGGUCACACCUGGAGUGUGGUAUACAUCGUUUCCGGGGAAACAGGUGGUUUACGCAAUAUUUCUGACCUGGCCGAAAAUGGGACGGCUGCACCUCAGUGACCCCCGACCUGCUGCAGGGAAAACCAAGGUCAACCUUGAGGGAUACUCAGAGCCUCUCCAGUGGAUGACGUUCGGGGAGCAGGGGAUGAUAGUGCUGUUGCCGAAUCUUCUCCCCCACCAGCUGCCCUGUCAGUGGGGUUGGAGCUUGAAGCUCACCGACGUGUCGUGAUGAUGGAGAGUGGCCGAGUGGAGAUGAGCUGUAAGGGUUUCUGGAAGAUUCCUCAGCACGCCUUUACCUAUUUUAUAUGGCAAUGAAGUUCAAAGUUCAAAGUAAAUUUAUUACCCUGAACAAAGAUUUUGCUUCCCGAAUACCUCUGGGUGUAUUUAAUGGAUUUUGGGCCGCUGAUCAUGAAAAUCACCCUGAAAUUUCCCUAUCGUGCACUUUUCUUUUUGCAAUCACCUUUAUUUGUUAUUUCAAUCAUAAUUUAAGUCAGAGUAACUGAUGCCAAGAUUAAGGAAGGCAUUUUUGUUAGUCAACAAAUCAAACAGGUCAUCAAUGACGGGCAAUUCAGAGAACGUCUAGUGGAAUCGCAUAGAAGGCAUACGAGGAUGUUGUUAAAAAUUUUCUUGGCCACUACAGAACACCAAACUACAUGCAGCUGGUUGACGACAUGCUUCAAGCAUGCAAAACCAUGAAGUGCAACAUGUCACUAAAGAUUCAUUUUCUGCAUUCCCAUUCAGACUCCGUCCCUGUAAAUCUUCGUGCUGUCAGUGACGAGCAUGGUGAAAGGUUUCACCAGGACAUUGCAGUCAUGGAGAAACAGUACCAGGGGCAACUGGAAUCCAUCAGUGCUGGCUGAUUAUUGUUGGACACUUAAGCGAGAAGCCUCAGACACAGAGUACAAAUGAAAAUCAUUAACAAAAUAUUUUUAGCUUAGUGAACUAUUGCAAAGCAUCAGCACUGUUAUGCAAUUAAAUGCAUUAUAUUCAAUAAAAGUCAAUUUACAGUCAUCACCUUGGUAUCUGCGGAGGAUUGUUUUUCCUAAUUCCUAUGUGAUACAAGUAGUCUGAAGUUAUAUUUUUGUUCGGCCCCAGGCGAUCUAUCAUAACCAAAAAAAUUCUGAGGAAACAACAUAGAAAUAGAAACGUAGAAAACCUAUAGCACAAUACAGUCCUUCAGCCCACAAAGCUGUGCCGAACAUGUCCCUACC